AUGGAGCCGGAAUAUGGCCAAGGACGUAUCCUGGAGAUAGAAGGCAAUCUAUUCGAUGCCCCCGAUGGAGCGGCACUGAUCCACGCUUGCAACUGUCAAGGCCAUUGGGGCAAGGGGAUUGCUAGAAAGUUCCGAGACAGAGUUACUCACUGUCAAGACUACAAUACGCUCAACACAGAAGUGGUCGUCACAGGCGAGACAGGUCCGCGCCGUCUCCGCUUGCCCGAAGGCACUGCGCUCAUCAUCCCGCCCCAGCACGGCGACUACGAGCCCAGCGGCGGGCAUCAGCACUGGAUCAUCUGCCUCUUCACGUCCUUCAACCAUGGAAGAGCCCUCUCGCCGGUCGACAUUCUGCUGGGAAACACUGAACUUGCGGUCGCAGACCUGAAGAAACAGCUCGAUGAACUCCGUGACGAGGGGAUCGAUUUGGGGCGGCUCUGGUCGUGUCAGUUCAACUCGGGCUUGUUCGAAGUGGAUUGGGCUCAUUCGAGAGAUAUUCUGCUGAGAUCCGGGCUGGAGGUCACUGUUGUCAGACAGCCUCAGCCGUGA